CAGGAUUGUUCAGUACUUUUGUUAAGUGUUAAAAAUUACGAAUUGUUUGACUUUUCUGCUGAAGGACGACUUGUCUAGGUUACUAGCUGCAACCAUACAAAUUUAUACUAAUUUAUCGUGUUGCCACCUGGUCGACAACACUAAAUAUGUGUGAAAAAGUUUCAAUUAGAGAAACAGAAACGGCAAAACGUCUUUGCCUUCUAGAUGAAGUAACAAACAAAGCUAAAUUUGGUCUGUCGGACUCCAAAAAUCUUGUCGUAUUUGGUGACGAUCAGUGCGGAAAAUCAACUUUGAUUUGUCAGUUACAAGGCAAUGGAGACAAGCGGGAAGGAUUUGGUCUGGAAUAUGAUAUAAUCGAGGUGAAAGAUGAAGUUAAAGAUGUUUCCGCAAACCUGAGCGUCUCCAUUAUAGAUGGAAACCCUAUUCAAAGCUAUCUGCUAAAAUAUGUGAUGACCGAGGACUCGUUCAACGACCAAAUGGCUAUUAUAGUCGUCAGCAUAAAUGAACCUUGGAAAAUAAUUGAAGCUUUGGAAAAAUGGGCAGAAAUACUUAAUAAACACAUCAAUAAACUAAAACUGUCAAAAGAAAUGAUAAAAGCAUGCAAAUCAAGGAUUUCAAAAGAAUUUUAUGGCUACGCUGAGCCAGAAGCGUCAACAAAUGAUAUUAUUAAUCCAGUAAAUUUAGCUUCACUGUCCACUAUGUAUGCAACAUCUCAAGAAACUACCCCUCAGUUAUCAUUUUUAAAUGAUAAUGAGUCGUUUAUUGAAGAAAUGUACGAGGAUAAUGUAUUAAAUAACAAUCUUGGUGUACCGUUAAUCGUUAUUGUAACGAAGACGGACUUAAUGAAGAUAAUGAUCAAAGAAAAUCAAUAUUCAGAAGAACAUUUUGAUUUUAUACAAAUGCAUAUACGACGAUUUUGUCUUUCGUAUGGAGCAGCAUUAUUUUAUGUGUCAGUGAAAGAAGAUAAAAACUGUGAUUUACUAAAUCGUUACAUUCGGCAUCGUAUUUAUGGGUUUCCUUUUAGUCAAAGUGCAUAUAUAGUAGAAGGAGAUUGUAUUUUCAUUCCAGCAGGUUGGGAUAAUCAUAAAAAGAUUAAUAUCCUAGGUGAUAAUUUAACAAAAAUCAAUGCACAGCAUCCUUUUUCUACCGUUAUCCCAAGACCAGUACCACGUAAAGCAAUUCACAGAGAACCAGAGAUAAUGGCCAUUGAUGAACAGGCUUUUCUCCUUCGACUUUCAACAAUCAAAGAAAACGAGAACAUAGAUCCUAACAUGCUAAAAGAAUUAUUAGGCUCUGGGGGUUUACCGUCCAAUUCAAAACAGCCUGCAAAUAGUUUUAAAAUUGGAUCAGGUGCUAAAACCAUGGAUGAUAACAGUCGUUUACCGGUCAGUCCAACCCCUAUAUUUCGUACAAAAAUUUCUUCAGUAGGUCCAACAAAUAAUUUAACUAGCACUCCUAUACAAGGUACUUCAGAUGGCGUACUAGCUGAUUUCUUUUCCAAUCUGCUUAAAAAGCGACCAGUUGUAAAUAACACUACUGGCGAAACGUCUACUGAGCCUCAGCUUCAACGUACAUCACUAUCAUCAGACCAAAAAGACAAACAACAAGACAACAUGGAUACAAGUGUAAAAUGCUCAAGGAACAGCAUAGAUCAAGAUGGAGAAAAACUUUUCACUAUUGGGAUUACAGAAAAACACACAGAGUACGCGAAAGUGGAAACAGAUUUUAACGACAUUACCAAACAAAACGAACACACGGAGACUGAUCAUCAAAAAGUGAAAAACGAGAGUGACGAGACAACAAAUAAUCCGACAGGAAAACUAGAAAAAGAUGAACCUCAACAGAAGCAACAAUAUGAGAUAACAAAAGAAAAGAAAACAAAAACAAUGGAAGAAAAUAAUGGAUGCGAAGAGUCCGAAAAAUUAGUAAGGUACCAUGAAAAUAAACAGUCAAAAAGUGAAAAUACAAAUAGCGAGUUACACGAGACGAGUAAUCAGGAUCUCCAAAAUCAAAACAAAACUCCCACUGAACUCAGAGAAAAAAUUGGUGAAGUGGAUAGUUCACAAAAAUUCGACGCUCCUUUGGUCGCCUGUAUGAAUGCGUCGAAGGCACACUUAGAUCCAAUGACUGAUCAACCACCUGUUGUCGAGUUGUCACAAACAUCAGAUAAUCUGACUGACCACAUUGACACAGAGCAUCUAAACAACCAACUCCACACCUCUCCUGACAACACAAAUCCCACUGAUCUCAACAACGAAAUCAAUGAAGUGGACAGUGCACCGAACUCCGAGUCGACAAUUGUUCCGAGUCACAUAUCUCCAUUGUUAGGACACACCUCGGAAACCAGUAUCACUACAAUUCGCAGUGACACGAUGACUGAAGGUCGUUCUGACGAGAAUCACGAACUAUCUGAGAAUAGUCAUCAGGACCUCCAAAAUCAAAACAAAACUCCCACUGAACUCAGAGAAAAAAUUGGUGAAGUGGAUAGUUCACAAAAAUUCGACGCUCCUUUGGUCGCCUGUAUGAAUGCGUCGAAGGCACACUUAGAUCCAAUGACUGAUCAACCACCUGUUGUCGAGUUGUCACAAACAUCAGAUAAUCUGACUGACCACAUUGACACAGAGCAUCUAAACAACCAACUCCACACCUCUCCUGACAACACAAAUCCCACUGAUCUCAACAACGAAAUCAAUGAAGUGGACAGUGCACCGAACUCCGAGUCGACAAUUGUUCCGAGUCACAUAUCUCCAUUGUUAGGACACACCUCGGAAACCAGUAUCACUACAAUUCGCAGUGACACGAUGACUGAAGGUCGUUCUGACGAGAAUCACGAACUAUCUGAGAAUAGUCAUCAGGACCUCCAAAAUCAAAACAAAACUCCCACUGAACUCAGAGAAAAAAUUGGUGAAGUGGAUAGUUCACAAAAAUUCGACGCUCCUUUGGUCGCCUGUAUGAAUGCGUCGAAGGCACACUUAGAUCCAAUGACUGAUCAACCACCUGUUGUCGAGUUGUCACAAACAUCAGAUAAUCUGACUGACCACAUUGACACAGAGCAUCUAAACAACCAACUCCACACCUCUCCUGACAACACAAAUCCCACUGAUCUCAACAACGAAAUCAAUGAAGUGGACAGUGCACCGAACUCCGAGUCGACAAUUGUUCCGAGUCACAUAUCUCCAUUGUUAGGACACACCUCGGAAACCAGUAUCACUACAAUUCGCAGUGACACGAUGACUGAAGGUCGUUCUGACGAGAAUCACGAACUAUCUGAGAAUAGUCAUCAGGACCUCCAAAAUCAAAACAAAACUCCCACUGAACUCAGAGAAAAAAUUGGUGAAGUGGAUAGUUCACAAAAAUUCGACGCUCCUUUGGUCGCCUGUAUGAAUGCGUCGAAGGCACACUUAGAUCCAAUGACUGAUCAACCACCUGUUGUCGAGUUGUCACAAACAUCAGAUAAUCUGACUGACCACAUUGACACAGAGCAUCUAAACAACCAACUCCACACCUCUCCUGACAACACAAAUCCCACUGAUCUCAACAACGAAAUCAAUGAAGUGGACAGUGCACCGAACUCCGAGUCGACAAUUGUUCCGAGUCACAUAUCUCCAUUGUUAGGACACACCUCGGAAACCAGUAUCACUACAAUUCGCAGUGACACGAUGACUGAAGGUCGUUCUGACGAGAAUCACGAACUAUCUGAGAAUAGUCAUCAGGACCUCCAAAAUCAAAACAAAACUCCCACUGAACUCAGAGAAAAAAUUGGUGAAGUGGAUAGUUCACAAAAAUUCGACGCUCCUUUGGUCGCCUGUAUGAAUGCGUCGAAGGCACACUUAGAUCCAAUGACUGAUCAACCACCUGUUGUCGAGUUGUCACAAACAUCAGAUAAUCUGACUGACCACAUUGACACAGAGCAUCUAAACAACCAACUCCACACCUCUCCUGACAACACAAAUCCCACUGAUCUCAACAACGAAAUCAAUGAAGUGGACAGUGCACCGAACUCCGAGUCGACAAUUGUUCCGAGUCACACAUCUCCGUUGUUAGGAACUACCUCAGACAUGUUAAACAGUUUAUUACCUGAUACUAAUACCUCGUACGUUGGUCUUUCCGCCAUUCUAGGUAACGAAAAUAAUGUGGCUGUUUUACCUGAUAUGGCUAUAUCGGGAUCUGAUUCUACAUCCAUUGUUCUUGCUGAUGCAGGAUAUUCCGAAAAUAUAUCGUCAAAUGGUAAUUCGAUUUUGUCUGAGGAUUUUUCGAAAACUGUUACUUCACCGACAAAUGAAGAAACUACAUCUCGUGCUCCUUCAGUGAUCAAUUCACCACUCUCCAUUCAAAAGUCCCUAGAAAGUAUAAAAGUUCAUUCGCGUUUGAAACCGUCGUCUUAUACGAACACCACAAUUCAGAAGAACAAAUCUUUACCGCCAAGCCCUAAACUAUUACAAAAACCAACAGUUAAACAAUACAUAAGUGGUUCACAAAGGUCACCUACAAUGACUGGACCGAAUUUUGGACAGACAAAUAUUUUAACGAAUACUAAAACAAAGUAUGCAAGUUCAACAAGUGCGAAUGCAUCACCUAAUCUUAUCAGAAAACCAUUAUCUUCCUUGUCAAAGAACACUGAUAGUAAAAAGUAGAACAAUUUUAUUUUUAGUAUGUCACAAAAAGAAACAAUGAGAAGAAAAAGUAAUUUUUCCA